CAUUCGCUCUUUUGCUUCGCCAAAGCAGGACACGAAAUAACAAUCAUUAUUUUCGUUUGAAAAAUUUUAAAUUUAUCGUUUUCGUCGUUUUUAUAUUUUAAUAUAUUCAGCUCACUUUACACGUGAGUUGAGUUACUUUUUAAAAAUUUUUCAUUGAUCAUUUAUUUAUAUUUUUUAUUUUGAGUGAAUUUUUAUUUUUGAAUUUUACGGUUUGGUGUAUUUUUAUUAUAUUUCGUUGUCCUGAUUUUGAGAAAAUUUGCAGUGAGGCUCAUACCGAGUGUCAGGCAUAUUUAUUAUAUUUUUUUAAUAAUUCUAUUUGAGAAAGGGAAUUUUUUUAAUUCCGGUGGUUCCGUGUGGAAAUUUUUGAGUUUUUUAUUUUAUUGCACAUUGUAAGACAAUGGCUGUUGCUGCUGCUCAAAAGAACCGCGAAAUGUUCGCUAUUAAAAAGUCAUACAGUAUUGAGAAUGGAUAUCCAGCUCGUCGAAGAUCUCUUGUCGACGACGCGCGCUUUGAGACUUUGGUGGUCAAGCAAACCAAGCAAAGUGUUCUCGAAGAAGCCCGUCAGAGAGCUAAUGACUCAAGUGCUGAUCCGGCAAAUUGCGCUCAAGAACAGCAAGACCACGAGGAACCUUACACGUCUUCUAGCGAUGACGAACAAUCUGAAACUUUGAGCGCUGCUCAAGAUGGAGAAGCUAAGGCUGAAGCUUCAUCAUCGGACGGAGAGGAGAAGUCUUUUGGACCCGACGAAUAUUACGGACUAACUGAAGAAGAAGUAGUACUUGCAAAAUCAAUAGCCGAAAGUCCGGAUGGUGAAACAGGAAUCCAAAAAGCGACAUUGAUGCUGCGUUUACGCGAUGGAAUAGGCUCGCUUGCGCGUAUACUGAAGGCCAUAGAAAAUUUCAAGGGCACUGUCACCCAUCUGGAAUCGCGUCCAUCGCGCAAAGAAGGCUCUCAAUUUGAUGUACUGGUCAAGGUGGACAUGACACGUCAGUGUCUGUUGCAACUGAUCCGCAAUUUGCGGCAAAGUGCCGCGCUUGAAGAAGUAACCCUUCUCACAGACAACUCUGUCAGCAUCAAAGACCCAUGGUUUCCACGUCACGCCUCCGACCUCGACAAUUGCAACCAUCUGAUGACCAAGUACGAGCCGGACUUGGACAUGAAUCACCCAGGAUUCGCUGAUAAGGAGUACCGCGCUCGCAGGAAAAUCAUCGCCGAGAUAGCUUUCGCUUACAAAUACGGCGACCCUAUCCCUUCUAUUCCCUACACUGAGACCGAAAAUGAGACCUGGUUGCGAGUCUUCAACACUGUCGUCGAUUUGGUUCCAAAACACGCGUGCAUCGAGUACCAACGUGUAUUCAAAAAGCUACGAGAUGAAAAGAUUUUCGUUUCUCAUCGCAUUCCUCAGCUUCAAGAAGUCAGCGAUUUUUUGAACAGAAACACCGGAUUCACUCUGCGUCCCGCUGCUGGACUCCUUACUGCUAGAGACUUUUUGUCCAGUCUUGCUUUCAGAAUAUUCCAAAGCACACAGUAUGUCAGACACAUCAACAGCCCGUACCAUACUCCUGAACCUGAUUGCAUCCACGAGCUCCUGGGUCACAUGCCGCUGCUCGCCGACCCAAGCUUCGCCCAGUUCUCACAAGAAAUCGGUCUCGCCUCCCUUGGAGCUUCCGACGAAGAAAUCGAAAAAUUGUCCACGAUCUACUGGUUCACCGUCGAGUUCGGUCUUUGCAAGGAAGGAAACGAAGUAAAGGCUUACGGAGCUGGAUUGCUGUCAGCGUACGGAGAGCUUUUGCACUCCCUGAGUGACAAAUGUGAGCACAGACCAUUCGACCCCUCGACCACGGCCCUCCAGCCGUACCAGGACCAAGACUUCCAACCGAUCUACUACGUCGCGGAAAGCUUCGAGGACGCUAAAGAAAAAUUCAGGCGCUGGGUCAGCACCAUGAGCAGGCCCUUCGAGGUCAGAUUCAACCCACACACGCAGAGAGUUGAAGUUCUUGACUCUGUCGAAAGACUCGAGGGUCUUGUCAAUCAAGUCAACACUGAGAUACUUCAUCUGACGAAUGCCAUCAAAAAAAUGCAAGCUACAAGAAUCUAAGAGUCUAUAUAUUAUUAUUAAUUAUUAAUUAUUGGUAACUAAUAACCCUUAAAAUUAUUGAACAUCUUGUAACCUAGAUUAUAUUUAAAAACCCUCCGAGCAUACAGUAUUUUUUGUCUUUCUUAAUCAGAAUAUUUGAAUGCACGUACUCAUCAUUUUCCUGUAUAAAAUCACCCAUCCAUCAUUAUUUUCAAUCUCUAUAUUAUGUUUUUAUUUUAUUUUAUUACAAUGCACGAAUAUUUAAUUCUCACGACAACAGAAAGUAUAAUUAGAAUAAUCUAAAAAAAUUUUUAAAUUAAACUUUGGCGAAGUGAAAAGCGAUUUUUAUUAUUUUAAAGUAUUUUCUGUGAACCUUUAUUUUUCAUUUAUGAAUUAGAAAGGACAAGUGAGACUUAAAUAUUCGUGGAUUUAAAUAUAUAAAUAUAUUUAACAGUAAUUAUGAUAUAUUGUAUUUUGAAAAUAUUAUUAUUAUGUUUUAUCUUAUGUUAGAAUUAUAUUUUUAAAAUGAUAUAUGUAUAUUUGUUUAAUCAUUUAUUUUAUGCACUGGUCGCACCAAAAAUUUUUGAGUAGAUCACGUUAUCAAUAUCAAUUCUAUCAAUGUUAAUGGUAAUAUUAUAAUAAAAUGUUCGAUUAAUAUUAGAAAUUUAACGGUAUUGUAGUAUGUUAUAUUGUAGGAAUGUUCCCCCGAUGGCACUUUAUUGAGGCUAGAGAGUUUUGGAUAGUAAAUUUAAAAUCGGGGAGUUUUGAAGCUAUAAUUAGAAAUUGUAAUGAAUUUAUUGUCAAGUUUAAACCGUAUUUUACGCACUAAUAUUGCGCAGUUGAUCGUUUGUGGAUAAAUAAAUGAAUAUAAUGAUAAUUAGAAAAAA